UCGCAUUUGAAAGAAUUUUACCUAGUUUAGAGUCAAUCUUCAGGAGCGUGUAAACCAACUAAAGACGCUGACACAAGCAUGUGAUUUUGUUGUUGUUCCAAAGAUUGUGGUUUAUAAUCAAAUUUGAUUAUUUUAUUGUGCUUGGUUCGAAAAACAAUUCCGAGAAAACCAGAAGCUAAGAUUGUAAAUAUAUAUUACCAACUCCGGCUUUAUAUCUUCGAUUAACCGUUAUAAUGCCAAAGCGUAUUUUAAAGGAACUUGCUCAAUGUAAACAUCCACAAAGUCGAAAAACGUUGGCUCUCGCAAGAAAAAUUAAAAAAAUUAACAAACGUGAGAAGAAAAAAAUUGGCCAUGCCUGCAAAGCGAAUAGCAUCGGGAAAAAAUUAGGAUGGUUCGCUGAUCAUUUGGAAGGCAAGAAUGAACCUCUUAGCAAUAGUGAAUACAAACGAUUGAUAGAGGAGUACCUUUCUCGUUUCAAUGAGGAAUUAGAACAAAUUAAGUUGGUGCAAUCAAUCAAUAAACAACGCAACAAUCAACAUGCGUCCCGUGAGGCUGCCAUCAGAAUAACACUUGAAAAGGAAGUUGGCGAUUUCAAUGGCGGCGGCUUAGAGUUACCGAACCUCUGCAACGAGGAGGAAUUUCGACAAUUCCAACAAUGGAAUGGAAAUGCGCAAACGAUUCAACACUUGAAGCUACAUUUUAUCUCUUGUAAAACACUUUCGCCGCAAAGAACUAACAAUAUAAGUUGAGUUCGUGCUCAAUCUAUCUAUUAAA